AGGGUACUCCCCUCACACACAGGAGAGGAGGAGGGCCCUCAAAAAUGCUGUGCAAGACCAUAAAAUUCCUAUCGCAAGCACCAUAUCAUAAAACAUAUCAGGGGCGUACACACUAUAACACAAUAUUGUUUAAUUUAAACUUAGUAAUAAAGAAGUAUUACCUUUAUUAAAUAUCUAUACUGCCCAGCACCCAUGGAUCUUAGAGGGGGUUCACAACAUAAGCAAACACAUGCAUCAAUGUAGGGCCCAGGUAAGCCUCCAUAAGGAAUAAAUUUUAUAAGCAGGGUUGGUGCAACUGAUAAAGCCCUCCUUUGUCACCACUGGUGACCAGGAAUUCCACAUAGGCGAGGAGGGACAGAGUGUUAUUUCACCUUUGUCAAGUGACUCAGCUUCCAUACUUGGAGGAUGGGGAGUAAUGUCCUCCAUAGUCAGUGUGGAAAUUAGCUUGGAUGGGGAGGAAGUGAAGCCGCCUCUGCAGCCUCCACAAACACAGCAGACUGGUGACAGUGUUUCUCCUUUGCCUGCCAGCUGUGCUUCUAGCCUGCUAUUCUUCACCAGCCUAAUUCUUAUUUGUAAAAAGGGCCCCGGUAACUUUCGAGGUCUUAGUAACAAGGCUGGCAUUAUCUUUACUAACCCACAUUUCGUGCGAUUGUGCCAUGACACUUUUUGAUUAUCAUCUGUGUUUUGAUUCUGUAACACUCGUGUUGGAACACCACACCACAUUUCCAAACACAACAGAUGACGUGCUACUUGGGGCCUGCCGCUUGACAGAAUUUCCUACUCUACAGCCGGCAGGAUUCCUGUUAAUCUACCACCCGGCUUUUUGUGCAAAUAAAAUUGGCUGCUUCGGAACAUUCCAGAACAUUCCUGUCCCUGUGACAUCACUUCCUGCCUGUCUCACAGCUAGAAUCUCCCCCUGGCCCAUUCAGGCCAGUCUGCGACUGCUGGCCUCUCCCUGUCAAUGUUGAGCCGCAAGCAGCUGGUGCAGGCAGCACAGCUAGCAGAACAAUGUGGCAGGUACAAGGACAUGGCCACUGCCAUGAGGCAGCUUGUGAUGGAAGGGAAAGACCCACUAACCCACGAGGAGAAGACCCUGCUUUCUGAGGCCUACAAGCUCCUAACACAGGAGCGGUGCUCUUCUUGGCGACGGCUAAAGCACUCCGUGGAGCAAGGGGUGGGAAAGCAGAAGGAACAAGCACAAGCUUACCGCGAGACCAUAAAGAAGGAGCUGGAAGCAGAGUGUUGGGAGAUCCUCAGCCUCUUAGACCAUGUACUGCUGAAGCACUGCAGUGACACAGAUUAUGAAAGCCUGGCGUUUUACCUGAAGAUGAAAGGGGACAACUACCGCUUCUUAGCUGAGGUGGCCCUGCCCGAUGUCAAGGAGACACUUGUGAAAUCUGCGCAGAAAGUUUAUGGGAAGGCUCAGGAAAUCAGUCAGUGGCAUUUGGAACCUACUCAUCCGUUGGCUUUGGCUGUGGCUCUGAAUUACUCCAUCCUUUAUUAUGAGGUUCUCAACAACCCUCAGCAGGCAACCAAACUGGCCAAGGCUGCGUUUGAUAAGGCAAUCGCUGGACUGGAGACUCUCAGCCUAGAGUAUUACAAGGAAUCCACAGUCAUCAUGCAGCACCUGAGGGACAACAUUGUGCAGUGGACUGGUACCCAACCACAGCAGGAGGAGACCAAUGGGGGAGAGCUUGAAGGCUAAUAACUGGAGUCCUGAAACUAGCAUUUUAACCACAGUGAAAUGAACCAUAGAAUCCAAUGAGGAGCAGCAACAAUACAGACUCCCUUAGCCUUUGUACAGUAUUACAUUUGCCAGGUACCAGACCCAUUCCAUAGAUGACUAAUGUAAAUGCAGGUGUCCCUGCUAGAAAUAAUAGCCCAUUCCUAAUGCACUUUGGCUGUACUGCUGUAAAGGUUUAAAUCUUACAGGAUAUUAUGUAAUGCUAGGGACUAACAAAAAAAUUAAAUCUUGCCAUCGCACCCUGAUCCUCUUCUUCGUUCCAUUUACUACUUCCUGCUUGAGAGUAGAUGAAAUACAUGCUUCAGAUAGACUACUGGCAACAACUAGAAGAAAUUGGCAGAACAGACUGGUAUCUUUCAGUGUGUUAAGACAUAUACUGUGGAGAAUGUUCAGAGAUGGGUAAACACACACACACACACACACACACACACACACACGGGUAAACACUGUGUUAUGGCUUUGGUUAAUGCUGGAAGGAACCAUGGUAACUUAGUACUUUGUGCAAAAUACUUUUGCAGAGCUUAAGAGUUGAAUCACCAACUGUUUGAAAAAAACCACUCCUGUGACAUUAGAUUAAUACUGUUAUAACAUGGUCAGGGUGACUGAGUCACAGCAAGAGGCACUGGUUGUUUCUAAACAUACAUUUCCCCCAUUAAAAUUAAGCACUGGAAUGUGAACCAUUCUAAAUUCUUAGACAUACAUUAAAAAGGUUUUGAAAUGCUUACAAUCUCUCAGAUAAUCAGCAUGUAGGUUUAUUCUGAUAUUGCAUUUUAGAUAGGGAAAAUGUAUUAAAUGCAUGUUUUCAGCAGGGGCCCAUUAUGAGGAUGCAUGUACCGGUAUAUUAACUAAGUCCUGAAUACCAUUCAAAAACAUGGUACAGCAACUCAGAAUGAAAGGAGAGUCAGUGAAACACUUUAUUUUUUAGAUUCAUUUUCUAUAAAAGAAAUGUGGUAGUUGCUAAACCAGUAAGUGCCAACAUCAUUUGCUCAAAGCGAAAACUCGUACAUAAGCAAAUUGAGCAUGGCUAAAUUGACAAAUUGACAAAUUGACACUUGUACAAAAAGAAGUACAUGUGAACAAAGCAGAAGAUCUUAAGGCCCCAAUUAAGUCUGGAAAACUGACACCACCUCCUUAUGCACUGCAGGGCUUGAGUUUAUUCUCCUGUGCCUCAAAACCACCUUCAAGCCUUUACUGACGCUCAAUCAGACAUCACAGCUAGUUGCAGACUUGAGAGCUGUGGUGUUUUAAAGAUAUUAGAAUCAUAGAGUCGGAAAGGACCACAAGGGUCACCUAAUCCAACCCCCUGCAAUGUAGGAAUCUUAUGCCCAGUGUGGGUCUCAAACCCAUGACCCUGAAAUUAAGAGUCUCGUGCUCCAACAACUGAGCUAUACUGGGUUCAGUGCUCCUUCAGUGCUGCGUAGAGAGGCAGUUGGGUGUUCCAAGGUUUUUCCACAAUUGAGAAUUAAAAAAACCACACUUCUAAAAAUUGCUAUUUCUCAUUAUCAUUUAUUCAAUUUCUAUACCACCCUUCUUUAGAUGAUCACAGGGUGGUUUACAAUAAAAUAUUUAU